GAAAUGUCCUCAGUACCGAUGUACUUCCGCGACUGGUGGGAUGACGAUCUGUUUGAGAAUCCUCGCCGAACAUCGCGCUUGUUCGAUCAACAGUUUGCGACCGGAAUAUUUUCCGAGGACCUCCAGAAGAUGGCCUCCAGCUUCCAUACGUCCAAUUUGCGCUCUUCCCGGCUCGGCAGCUUUCGCCGCCCAUGGAGUGAGCUCGGUGUGGGCAAGUUUAGCCACAGUCUGAUGAACGGUGGCACCCUGGCACCCGCCGAUCGGCUGCAGAUCAAUCUGGACGUGCAACAAUUCACACCGCAUGAGAUCACCGUUAAAACGGUCAACAAUUCAAUCGUGGUCGAGGGUAAGCACGAGGAGAAGCAGGACGAGCAUGGUUUCAUCUCGCGCCACUUUGUCCGUCGCUACGUACUGCCGGACGAGCACGAUCCAAAGGACGUCAUCUCGAGUCUAUCGUCUGACGGUGUGUUGACGAUUGUGGCCCCAAAGAAGGUUCUGAUUCCAGCGCCUGCCGAGGUGGUGUACGAGCGGACCGUACCAAUACAGCGCGUUGAGGAGCGAACGGUGGAAAGUGUACGGACGACGUCGGAGAGCGUAACCAGUGAGAGUAAUGGCAAAUGA